AUGGCAAAGCGGGACGCACCCCUGUGGUUGCAAGGCGGGCCCGGAGCAUCGAGUUUGUUUGGACUGUUUGAAGAAAUUGGACCUUUUACUUUCAGUCCAUCUGGUAAUUUAGAAAAGAACGACUACAGCUGGAUCCAUAACCACUCACUCCUGUUCAUCGACAACCCGGUGGGCACCGGUUACAGUUUCACGGAGAGUAGAGAAGGUUAUGCCAAGGACUUAGAAACGUACACGACCCACCUCGACUUAGCGAUGAAACAGUUCAUCCAGAUUUUCCCUGAGCUGCAAGCAGCCCCCCUGUUCAUUGCGGGCGAGUCGUACGCCGGCAAGUAUGUUCCGGCCCUGGCGCACAGGAUCCAUCGACACAGACAGAGCCCACCACACUUCAAUUUAAAGGGUGUGAUGCUUGGAAACGCAUUAGUAGACCCAGAAGAUAUCAGGACUGUUGUGGAUUCUUUCGAGUACUUUGGACUGAUAGACCAGACGCAAAGAAAGUGGAUCAACCCGCUAGUGGAAAGAUUUCAGGAUGAUAUUGACCACAACAGAAGCGUUCUAGCUAAGAAGAGCUGGGAAGUUCUCGUAAACAGCCUCUUGACAAUAUCUCAUCAGAAGCAUGCAUACAAUUUCCUCCGAGCGGACGGUCCCGGGGAAAAAUACACAACACUCCUAGACAAGUCUGACGUAAAGAGAGCUCUGCACGUUGGGGAUACACGAUACUACCGCAUAAACCCCGAGGUGUAUUGGAAGUUGGAUAACGACUUUCUUAGCAGUACUAAAGCUAUGCUGGAGGAGUUGUUGGACCAUUACAGAGCUUUGAUGUAUUGCGGGCAGCUAGACCAGAUGCUGCCUUGCCAGCAAGCCUCCAAGAAUCAUCACACCAUGAAAUGGAACGGUUCUAGCGAAUUCUUGGUAGCUGAGCGGUAUCCCUACAUAUUUAAUGGCAGUAACGCUGGAUACUACAAAACAGGAGGCCAUCUGACAGAAGUGAUGUUUCUCGGCGCCGGUCACAUGGCGCCGCAGGAUGCGCCCGCGCCGGUGCAGGCGCUCAUUGCCAGUUUUACUCAUAACCAGCCGCUUGCUCCGCGUAACCAGGAAUAUGAAGAUAAUAUACAUGAAAUUCAAACAUAUUUAAAAGAAACACAAACUGUUACACGGGACAAUAUGCUAAUAUAUGUUUAAGUUAAAUAAAUUAUUGUUUUUUCUUUUUCCGCCACUUAACAGUUGGGGUUGGCAGUCAGUUUCGUUUCUCCAGACACUUCCUGUCUCUCACAGCUAAACUGUGAAAUGAGCUGGCGCCUGCGAUUUUCCAGACCGAUACGACCUUCAAGGAAAGAGCGUACACCCCUCUUUAAGGCCGGCAACGCAC